AUGCUUCCCGUUAUUCAGCUCUCCAAUUCUUCCCACACAUUCCCGUUCACAACCAAGAAAACUUUCAGGUCAAAACUCGGCCGGAAUCGGCCCACAGGGUUACCGGAAAGAAGCAGAAGCCGCGAUUUCCACAGCCUAUUUAUACUUGCUGCUGUCAAGAAAGAUUCUGAGUUUGAGGUUGAUCCAGUUCAGGCCCGGGAAGCUUUAAGAAAGCUAGAUGAACAGCUUCAAUCUAUUGCCACAAAACCAGAGAGCACCCCCAAAAUUAAAGCUUCAGAUAUCAACCUCGGACGCUUAGUCGAACAAGAAGCAGAAUCAGAGAAACAACUUUCAGGGUCGUUUCUCGCAACUUUAGCCACUGCUCUUGUGCUUUUUACCAUUUUCUACAACAUACUGUUUAUUACAGUUAUAAAGCCAUCCAUAGAUGGCCCUUCUACUUAUGAAAACAUCAACUUUGAUGAUGUAGAACUUCUUCAAAACACAGCUCCCACACAAUAG